AUGCACGCUAUAUUCCAAGAUAACAUGCUAAAUCCUUUUAAGUUUAUUCAUGUGUGGGAAGUUGUCAAAAAAAUAGUUAGAUGGAGGGAACUUGCAACACAUGAAGAAAUUGUUAAUCCGUCAAAAAGAAGCCGAACAUCUUCAUAUUCGAGCUCACAACAAGUUUCAUCGGAUGGUCACGUAGGCAUUAAUCUUAAUGAUGAUAAUGACGACAUCAAAAAAAUACGCCCGCCUCCUCGUCCCAUGGGAAUGGACAAAACAAAAACUCGGGAAUUAGGAAAAGGUAAAGCGACAUCUUCAAAUUCGUCGGUCGGAACCGAACGGCCAGCUAGACCGGAGGAAAUGAUGGAACAAAUGACACAAUUGAAUACAACUUUAGAAAAACAUAUGGUUGAAACAGUCCAACUCACAUAA